UAAAAAGCGGUGAUCGUCUGUCGGAACAGUCAGUUAACUAAGUGCAUUAUAAAGUCCCCACUCUAGAUAGUGGUUGAGGGGUUAGGGCACACAUUGACUUUCUGCCACAUCAUUACUGCUGCUCAUUUUAUUCAUUUACAUUUGUCAAUACAGAAGCUUAGCUAGGAUUCCCUUGACAUUUUAGGUGUGUAUUUAACGGCUCUCUUUUCAAUUAUAAGAAACAUGAAAAAGAAAUGGCUGCAGUGAAGGAAAAAUGGGAAAGGCUGUUGGCAGACACUGCGAGAAAAAGUAAUGCAGAUAUAAAGCAGCUGCAGCAGGAACUUGACAUCAAAAGGAAAAGUGGAAUCUUUGCGCGAAAGCUUCAAUUGGGAAGGUACAUUAAUGAACUUAAAGAAGACCAAAAAAGAGCCUUAAAUGAUGCAAGGGAUUUUUUUCUGAAGAGGGACAAUUGCUCCAAAAUUACGGAUUUGGAGGAACAACAUUUUAAAAUGACAUGUCAACUGAAGCAGAUGAAAGAAGAGUUGCCCACUUUAUUGAAGGAAAAUGAAGAACUUACCGGGCUUGUUGCAGAAGCCAAGGGGGAACUUAACCGAUUAGAAAGGAGAGCAAAAUUCUUGCCAAUGGCAAAGGGCCCCAUUAGCAUUCCUCAAAAAAAGGAAGUGAAAGAGUUGAGAAAAUACUGCGAUGAACUGCAAGAGAAAUUCAAUCAGCUUUUUAUGGAGGUGGAUGAAAUGCGCUCGUCCUUCCCCCAGAAAAUUCUUAUUGCAGAGGAAAAAGCAGAUCGGUCUCUCAGGCCUCUGGAGGAUGAGCUGCAGGCUGCAAAGGAACGCUUGGAGAAGAUCCAGGUUCAGCCCAACUUGGUGCCCUCAGCACCUAACCUGGACCAAAUUGCUGUUGCUGAGAUAACUGACAAAGAGAAGAAAGAAAGCUUGGAGGCCACAAAUUCUUCCACUAAGAACCUAAAGUAUAAAAGAUCUCUGAUUGAUCAGGUUGACAGUGGCAUGUGGCAGAGGCCUGGAGCAAAUAAAGGAGGUUUUUGCAACUGA